CAAUCAUCACAUUGUACUGUAAUACUGUAGUGUUAAUGCGUGCUGAUGCUAAGAAUCCUGAAUUCGUCUAACAGCUUCUCUGUCUGUCACGUGGGCCAUCAUUAAAUGGCUAACAAUACAUUGAUAGAAAUGUAAGGGGUAUAUGUAGUACUUUGCAGGAUCGCAUAUGAGUACUAUUAUGCCAUCAUUCGAGGGGAGUAGUUGACGUAUUAUGAUGGCAACUCGUUGUGUUCACACGACAUACACUCCUUUCCAUUGUGAUUUUGAUCAAGAACCAAGCUUACUGCAGCAAAAUGCACUGCUCUGCCACUUUUUACAUCACGACUUGCACAGGAUUAAAAUUAUUUUAAACGAGGUUAUCGCGUGAUCUAGAAUUAUUUGUUGUCUUAAAAUACGUAGCAUUUAAGCUACAGUGCGUAUUCUGUCGUUCUAAUGAGAUAACGCGGACAUACUAUAGCU